GCACCAGAAUACCUCCAGCUGGUGCCCUUAAGCUCCCCACUUCAUUACACCAUACCUUACACACUCUUCCAUGGAUUCCCUCCAAUAAUUCUUUCCUCUUUAAAUACCACUCAUCACUCCCCUCACUAUACUUCAACAACAAGUCACAAUUUAUAUAUAUUCACUCAAAAAUUAAAUUUUACAAAAAUACUAGGUCAAUUUUAAAAUAUAAGAAAAAAAAUGGGUCUUUUAUCAAAUGGUAAUUAUAUGAUCAUGCUAAUAUUAUUAGUAUUAUCUUUUGCAUUGAGCUUAACUUGUGUUAAUGGUGGAAAUUUCUACCAAGAUUUUGAGGUUACAUUUGGUGAUGGAAGGGUUAAGAGGUUUGGUAGAGGCCAACUUCUUACCCUUUCUCUUGACCCGGUUUCCGGUUCGGGUUUUCGGUCUAAAAGAGAAUAUCUCUUUGGAAGGAUCGAUAUGCAACUUAAACUUGUUUCUGGUAACUCUGCUGGUACUGUCACCGCUUAUUAUCUAUCUUCAGAAGGGCCAACACAUGAUGAGAUAGACUUUGAGUUCUUGGGAAAUGUAAGUGGGCAACCUUACACACUCCACACAAAUGUUUACACCAAAGGCAAAGGUGGAAGGGAGCAACAAUUUCAUCUUUGGUUUGACCCAACUUUAAAGUUCCACACUUACUCUGUUGCUUGGUCCCCCAAGAUGAUCAUAUUCUUGGUAGAUAACACACCCAUUAGAGUAUUCAAAAACCAUGAAGCUAAAGGGGUGUCAUUCCCCAAGAGCCAACCCAUGAGGAUAUACUCAAGCUUAUGGAAUGCAGAUCAAUGGGCUACACAAGGUGGUCGAGUUAAGACAGAUUGGUCGAAAGCUCCGUUCACGGCUUACUAUCGGAACUUCAAUGCUAACCCUAACCAUGUGGCCGCAACCGCGGCUUUCACCGAUAGUAAAUGGCAAAAUCAAGAGUUAAAUGCAUGGAGUAGAAGGAGACUAAGAUGGGUUCAAAAGUACUUUAUGAUCUACAAUUAUUGUACUGAUUUUCAAAGGUUCCCUCAAGGUGUUCCUGUUGAGUGCAAGAUUUGAAAUGUUAUGUUGUAGUAUGUUAUGAAUAUAUUGUUGUUUUAUGUCUUGUAUUAUUAGUCUUGUUCAAGUUAAUUAGUUUUUAUUGUAAUCAAGUUUUGUUUUAGUAAAUAAAUUUAUUCUUUUUCAUUUAUUCUAGUUUUUAUAUAUGUUUUCUUUUUUUUUUUUUGCAUUAAAUAAAAAGAA